AUGGCUACCAUAGACGACAGCUCCGUCCACACCAUCAUAGGCGCCACGCCGGAAGAAUAUCACAGGGCAGGGUUUUUUGGUAGUUCCAGUGCAGGAACAUUCAUGCAAAACGUGAAGCAGCUGGUGGAGCAAAAGAUAGGGCGAGCACAACAACAAAACAGCACCCGAGUUCUUCAAAGUGCUGCUAGCGCGCCUCUUAUGAUUUCCACUGGUGACGCUAGACAAAAACAUAUCGACUACGUCUUGCCAUCAAGACGGAAGGCAGAUAGUCUGCUGGCUGUUUAUUGGAAUUCUAUCCACGUGCUUUACCCCUACUUGGACAAAGUCAAAACAAACCAAGAGUAUAUUGAUAUCUGGAGAGGUGAAGGUUCUGCAGCAGAUGAACAAUCCUUUCUGUGUUUGCUCAACAUCAUGCUCGCGUUGUCAUCUCAGGUUGCCGGACCACCAACGGACAGCGAGCAAGAAGACCCAGGCCACACGUUCUACCUGAGAGCCAAGGACUUAUUGAACCUCAUGGGAACGGGAUCAGUCCGUUCAGUACAAACGUUCUUAUUGUUUGGAGAGUACUGCCAGAGCACGAACGAACCUCAACAGAGCUGGGUAUAUGCUGGCCUUGCGAUCCGCGCCGCGCAAAGCCUUGGUCUUCAUCUGCCUCAAACGAGUGAACGGGUAGCGGACCUGGAAACAAGGCAACUACUCAGAAUCGUCUGGUAUGGCUGUGUGCUUAUGGACAGGAUGCUUGCUAUGACUUAUGGUCGACCGUGUAUGAUCGGUCCAAGGACCGGCACCUUAGUGCCGCUUCCGGCCAUUCCACCUGAGGGCAUGCAUCGACAGUCAGACCCCGGGGUCUCGGGUCGGAGGACAGAUGAUGGUCUCACCAUGAGUUUCUAUGUCAACCACCUCAAGCUUUUUGAAAUCCUUCAUGACGUCCUCUUUCAGUUUUACAGUUCAAGUGCAGGUCGUAGUCAGCCAGCUGGCGAAGCUUACGAAAAGUAUUUUGGCCAGUCUCAGGGACAGUUGUCAGUUCUGGGACUCGAUCAGCGUAUAUUGGACUGGGAGAGAAACCUCCCUGAGCAUUUCAGAGUAGAGACUUACUCGCUAAUCGAUACGUCAGGCAGUAUACCUUACCGGCAGGCCGUCGUCUUGCAUCAGAUCCAUCUCCACGUUCGACUUAUGCUUCUGCGACCAGUACUCUCCUCCUUCGUCACGUCUGACUUUCACAAACAGGACUCCGAUGCCACUUUCUGGAACCAGCUGGGUGAGCGGAUUUUCCUACAAUGUUCCGUUGUAUGCGUUCAAGUAGCCAAAGAAGCUAUAGAGACUAUCCAUAAGAGAGGCAAUGAUCCGGGAAGCCUAGCGCCCUGGUGGUUCAAUGUACUCUUUCUGUACACUGCUGCCACUGUUCUGGUAGCUGCUCGGCUCAGCUCUUCUAUAUUGACCGAGUUGUACGAGAAUUCCAUCGUGGAAGGAUGCCGCAAAGCUAUUUCGGCAUUAGAAGAAUACAGCAAUUACAACAGCGCCAUCAAACGGCUGGUUACCACUUUACGUCUUCUUUACGAUGCUGUACCUCGACAAUACUUUCGUCUUAGACAGCAUCCAGCUAUACUGGAUGGUGAAAAGACGUUGGCUGACAUUGUAGAGUCUCAACAAGCCGAUUGGCAGAACGACAUCAGGGUCAACACUAUCAGCGACUCUUUCGCUCGUGGACAACAGCAUUCAUCAUUUCAGCCAAGUCAUGAGUACGAGCCUGUAUCGCCAGCAGGGCUGUCAUGGGAUCUCGAUCACCCGUUUGACCCAACUGAUAUUACAUGGCUCACAACCGUUCCAUUCGAUGCCUAA